GGCUGGGGGGUGGGCAGAGUUGGGGCAGAGCGAGUCGGGUUAGAGCUAAACUGAAGCUGAAGCUGGAGCCUGAGCAAGAUUGCUCCGUGUUCUCAGUGACAGCGCUGAGUCGUCUGCGUUACAGUGGGACGCUAUCCUGCGUGUGUAGUUUACCUAUGGACAACAGUACGUUGUUUAUGACGAGUGCUAUCAGGUUAGCUAAAUUUGUUGUUACUCGGAGAUACCAAGCCAAAUAAAGCCAAUACCGGACUAUUCGCAAAAAGAAAGCUGUCGAGCUAGCGCGCUAGCACAGGCCUUGUACCAGACCUCGGGAUAUAUGUAACUGCACAUCCGACGCCUUGAACGUCAGGGGCGGAUUCGAUGGCAGCACAAGGACCGUUUUUUCUGACCGACUCCGCUGAGUGAAAAGCGAGACUUGUUUUUUUUAUUUAUUUUUAAAAAAAGCAAAUAACCCGGUGUAUUUUCCUAGAAUACUGCUUUUUAUUAUUUAUUAUCGCCUUUAGUAAAUGGCAUUUAGAUAAUUACCACCAGUAGGUCUUAGCAUUUAGCUUUGCUUGUUAGCAAGCUAGCAUGCUAACUCUGAAUAGCGAGUCGUUAACUGGUGUUUCUGGUUAGACGUGACUUUCACCAGCUUCUUUGGUAGUUUAAUUGGCAGUAUGGAUGUGCGUAGUUCAUUCUUCUCGAUUCCAGGCGUCCCUAGCCGCUGCAGCCCCGAAAAGCUCGCUUUAAUACGCCUGGCUUAGCUGGAGAUGCCAGCGGGCGGAAAUCUCUCUUUUUCCAUAGCUUGCACCCUGUCAAGAAGGGGUAGAAGUGACCUCGGUUCCAGCUGGAUCCGGCCGGGCACAAGGGUGCUCCCAAGAGACCAGCUCUCAGCUCACCUUUGUGCAAAUGAGAGGAAGGAUGGGCACCCAGGGUAGCCCCGUCAAGAGCUAUGACUACCUUCUGAAGUUCCUGCUGGUUGGAGACAGCGACGUGGGGAAAGGCGAGAUCCUAGACAGUCUGCAGGAUGGAUCUGCAGAGUCACCAUAUGCCUACAGCAGUGGGAUUGACUACAAAACCACAACCAUUCUGCUGGACGGGAGAAGAGUCAAACUGGAGCUGUGGGACACCUCGGGACAGGGCAGGUUCUGCACCAUCUUCAGGUCCUACUCCAGAGGUGCUCAGGGAAUCUUGCUGGUGUAUGACAUCACCAAUCGCUGGUCCUUUGACGGUAUUGACCGCUGGAUCCGUGAGAUUGAUGAGCAUGCCCCUGGUGUGCCACGCAUCCUAGUGGGCAACCGACUGCACCUGGCCUUCAAGCGGCAGGUGCCCACGGAGCAAGCCCGCGCCUACGCUGAGAAGAACGGAAUGACCUUUUUCGAAGUGAGCCCCUUGUGCAAUUUCAACGUCAUUGAGUCCUUCACAGAGCUGUCCCGCAUCGUACUCAUGAGACACGGCAUGGAGAAGUUCUGGAGACCCAACCGAGUGUUCAGCCUCCAGGACCUGUGCUGCCGUGCCAUCGUGUCUUGUACACCUGUCCACCUGAUCGACAAGCUGCCCCUGCCUGUGGCCAUCAAGAGCCACCUCAAGUCCUUCUCCAUGGCCAACGGGAUGAACGCAGUCAUGAUGCACGGUCGCUCUUACUGGCCCACACUGACCACCACCACCGGGAGCAGCAAGGGUAACAGCCUUAAGCGCUCCAAGUCUGUCCGGCCUCCCCAAAGUCCACCUCAGAAUUGUGCCAGGAAUAACUGCAAGAUUUCAUAGCAUGUCGCUGUGGGGCCCCGAGCCCCCAAUCAUUACCUAUCACCUUUCAGAGACUGCAUUGCCAGAACCAUGGACUGGCCCUGGAUGGGGCCCAUCUCCUCCUAUGAAGACCCUGUCCUGCCUGGGGCCAUGUGGUCGGACCCAGGGUCUUUCUCCUGCAGCCACCACAGUUAGCUAUCCAUCCAUCCAUCCAUCCAUCUCAAUGGCUCCUCCAACCCUCUGGAGCCGUUCAACACUAUAGCUAGUUGGAACUACUUCUCUGCAUUUUAUUUUAAUACAGUAUUUACACUUGAUAUUUAAUGGAAACAGAUUCUUGGCUGUGGUCAGUUUGCUUUAUUUUGUAAUGAAAUUUUGCACUGAAAUUCCUCAUGUGCUUGUAGAUGGUUCAGAUGGCACCUUUUAGCCCUGUGCUUGGAACAGGUGAACGUUAUCUGCCUGCCCCUGAGGAUGUCUGCGCUUUGCUCUCAGAUGUUGGGGUUUCUUUUCUGGUUUUUCUUUUCUAUAAGAGAUCCACACUCUUCUGAUGAUUGGAAGCUGUACACAACGCACUACUGAACAAUAUUGUGCCGCACAUCGGGUAACCCAGCUGACAAGCUGCUCCUGUCUCAUUCUCCUCCACACUUGACCCUGGGAACGUGGUCUUGGAGUACGGCUGUUCCAACUGACCUAUGUUGGCAGCAGGAGGUCGAGAACCUCAAGUGCUCCAGAUUAAUCUGGCCAUCCUGAAGACCCCUCAGAAUGGAGCCGCAGAUUAGCGUCUGACGUAUUAUGGCAGUGAAGGCCGUGAGCAGACUCUGAUCUUUACUUAUCCGUUCUCCAUCUUCCCUGAUCUCAUUUCUGUUUGGUUCUAUUUACAUUUUCUUCAUUUUCAUUAUAAAGGUGACUAGAGUUUUAGAACGAGGUGAUGGUGAGUCUUAUUAAAAUGUGGUACAGUUUUACAGAUCUUCAUACUAGGUUCCCCAGUUAAUUCAGUCUGAACACAAUCCUUAUAGCAUUAUUCUUAUUUUAGAAAAUUGACCCCUUUUUUUGUGUAAAAAAAAAAAAAAAAAAAUUUUUUUUUUUUUUUUUUUAAAUCAAGAUUUCACCCUUGAUUAUUAUUUGGAGAGCUGGGGUUAAAGUUCAUUUUUAUGGAUGUAGCCAAGCAGAGCAUGUAUUUUUGAGAUUAAAAGGAAAUCUUUAAUCUGUUUGUGGGGAAGAAACUUCUUUCCCUGGUCCCUAGAGUAGAAUUUAUAGAAAAUCACUAAUCCAAGUGCACCAGGAACUGCGCAUGUAUGUGUAUAAACAGUAUAAUGUAUAAUAGCUGUAUGUGGUGGAGCGAAACACCAUGAAAAGCUACUGCUCUGCAGCACAUGCAUAGGACUGGACCUCAGAUACCCUCCAGUUACCAAGUAAACUCAAGUCAAUAACUCGGGUGAAACACGACGGGGCCCAAGUGUGUCAGAGCACAAGUCCUGUUUGUUUUACCCUUUUGCCUCUGUGUAGCCGCCAUCCUUGGCUGGGGAGAGUUUUAUGAAAGGAUGAGCUGUUAAUUGGGGUCCAGUUCAGGCGCUUAAAUAAUAAAGGUGAAGUGCCCCCUUAUUUGCCAUCAUUCACUCUGCCUAAUGAACAUGCUUGUUAACACAGCCAGGCCUCAUUCCCAGUCCUUCCAGGCUGGUUUUCAGCUGAAUGCAUGGGUCUGUUUUUGUAACCUUCCACAUCACACUGAUGACUUCAGCUAAACUCCUUUGCCUUUCUGCCAUUAACUCAUUCACUCAUCAGUGUUUCAGUAGCCUGCACGGCCGGCCUUCCUCCGCCAAAUCCACUACUGGGGAAAUGCAGAGAGGCCUGCAACUGUUUCAUAGUCGCAAUAUUUUAAUAGAUAUCUCUUUUUCAUACAAAAUGAACUGUUUUCCCUUAGAACAGUAACUGAGUAUUAGGGUUGUGCUUCUUAAAUGCACGAUGUAUACAGCUUGAAGUUAGAUCAGUUCAUCUUCAGAAAAGCUUCAAUAGAUCAACAGAAUGAAAGCCAAGUAGGUGGCUCCGUCUGUGAAUUAAGCAGAGAGCGGUUUUGUUAAUGAGGUUGCCGGUGUGCCGGCUUCUAGACCCCUUAAAAGCAGCUGUAUGCCUGCUGAUAUCAUUACUCACUGCUCGUCUAUGGAGCUUCGUCUGUUAAAAUGCGCUCUGGUGUUUUUCCUGCUUUCAUUUAGGUAUUUUUCCUGUCGCUGUAGCAAAGCUUCACGGUGUAAUAUUGUAAUUAUCCUGUUAUUUAAUUCAUUUCUGGUAUGCCCUUUCAGGGAUCGUCUUGUGUUUUGCACAGAGCCUCACAAACUCUUGCUCUUUGGUUCCCCCCCCCCCACCCCUCGCGGUUCUCCUCUCUGACCCCCACCUCCCCGAAACUCAGGGACCAAUCGCCCCCGCUUCUGCAAGCCCUGUCUGUGACGCCAGGCUAGCACUGGCUGAGUCGGGUUUCCUAAGGACAUGUAUUAUAAUUAAGUUCCUUUUAUGAAGAGCAACUGUCUCUUGUUUUUGUGGGUUAAGUAGCCGUGUCUGUUGCCGUUUACACCCAGUGUAGGAGUGAGAGGGCAGUGUGAGAUCCAGGAAUCAGGAUGAGCUUUUCUGGCCCCAUGCCCUGACCCCGCAGGCUCUCGCUGCAUCAGCCCUGCCCCUCCACUACUCCUGCAUACCUGCCUGUUACAGAAGUCUUGCAGCAGUGUUACGUUUAAAGUCUUCCUCCUUGGACUGAGCCAUUGGGAUGUAUGUACGCCCGGUGGGGUCCCCAGACCUCGCAGGUCCCCUGCACGGCUGGCAGGGAGCAGAUUCCUGUGCCCCCGUGCUAAUCAGGGAGAUUUGCCAUGUUAAGCAAUGUACCUUAUCCUCGGGGAUGAAGUAAAACACACUUCUGUGACCAUGGCUUGUAAAUGCAAUUAACAGCCCAUGAAGCUCCUCCAAUUUCGUCCAUUUGAGUUGUAUUUCCCUGUAAUUUUAAAGGUGAAUGGUCGGAUUUUUUAUUUUAUUAUUUUUUUUGUUUAAGCAACUUGGCUUGACUGUAACAUUCCUUAUUUGUGUGUAGGAUGUGGGGGAAGGGGGGGGGGUGUUCAUUUACAACAGCUAGUUUGGUCUUUGCUAUUUUUCCAUUUUCCGUGUUAUAUAAAGGGAACUGUAAUAAUAUUGUGGUUAGAGUAAAACACUAUCUUACUUUGAUUUAAGCUGCUGGGUAACUUAAAUGAAGAAUGCUUUGUAAUUAAACACAACUUUUUUAAUCAUUUUGGAUUGUACAGUUCGUAUUAAAUGGAAGUACUUUUCCCCCAAAUAAACCUCCAAAUAUUUUA